UUUCCAGUUAUAACCCUGCCCUACAUGCAUGACGGUAACUGAGCUUGAGUAAUCAAAACUAAAAGUAUUUGGUCAGAGUACAUAAAUGUCAUAGUAAGACACAAAGACCACCAUUUAGUCUAUGACUCUCAAGACGCAUCCUUCAAAGCAACCUAAUUACCAACGUCUGAAAGAAGAGAUGGACGGCCGUGAUGAAAACAGUGGCAUUCACAAUGUGGGCAAACAAGAAGAAACUGAUGGUCACAUUAGGUUCACUGAUGUCGGCCCACACUCGGUGCGCUUAGAAUGGGGAGAUCCGGACAUGACUGCCAACGCACAACAAAAAUUCCAAAUCAGAUGGAAGAACGAAGAUACAGACUUUACUAAAACAACAGAUACAAAUCAUUUUGAGAUAAAACAACUUUUACCUGGCACAAGAUAUGACAUCACAGUAGUGGCGAUGGAGGAAAACAGCGAGAAGAGUUUGUGUGCAUCUGUGUGUACAGCAAUACCCGCUCCUGAGAAUUUUGAAUAUGUCUCCGAGGAUGCAAAAACCAUAAGACUAUAUUGGAAGUCACCUCGAAAAAUGGAUCCCAGUCUCUACAGAUUCCAAGUGAUUAUGUUUAAAAAUGAAGAGGAAACACAAUCAGCGACUGUGAAAUCCGACGUAAAUACCGCUGUAAUAGACGAUCUUCUUCCUGCCACUGAGUACAAAGCUAUAAUUAAGACAAUGCUAAAUAACCUCAAACUAAGUAAACCAGCUGUUUUAAUCGUCCAUACAAAGCCACCCCCACCGGAAAACUUGCAGAUCAAAAAUGAGGCAAGCUCUGUUUGCCUGAAAUGGGCAGAUCCUAUUAUUGAUAAGAAUCCUCACAGAUUUAGGGUGAUAUGGAGCAGUGAAACCAAUGCAAUGGAAUCCCUUACGGAUAAAGCAGAGAUGAAUGUAUCGGGUUUGAAACCAGGAACUGAAUAUUACUUCUCUGUCCGCACCUUAGUUGAGUUAAACGGCACAAAACUUGAGAGCUGUCCAGUAAAAAUCACACAUCGCACAAAUAUAAAUAUGGAAUCUGUAUUAAUGGAACUGGGUCUACAAAGCCACUUGAAGAAUAAGCUGACACUAAAGUUGGUCUUGGAAUUGAGGAGACUUUCAGAUGAAGGUGAAACUGGACAUAGUUUUACAUCUCUGCCGUGGCUUUUUCUCAGAAAGCUCAUGAUGUUAAAUUCAUCAGCUAGAAGGUUUAAAUGUGCUUCAAAGAGCAAGUCUGAAACAUCAAUAGGCAUCAAUAUCAUCAAAACAUCUGAAGAUAAGAAAGGAAUUAAUCCUCUAGAUUUGAUCACAGGUCUGUUCCACUGUGCCGAUCCCUUUCUUCAACAAGAGAUGGCGUUAAAAAUGUCAGUGUGUCAGUUCGCUGUGCCUUUGCUGCUGCCAAACUGUGACACGAAGGAGAGCACUCUGAUGCUUUGGGCCUUGAGGGACAUAACAAAGCAGUUUAGACUCCACGGUUUAGAAGAAAACAGCAUUGUGCUGACUGAUUUGCCUCUGAUCUCUUUCGUCAGACUAGGAAAAAACUGUGUAUCCAAAUCUGAGUUUUUGAACAAGCUCCUCAGCAGCAAACAGCAAAAUUAUGACACUUUUUUUCAUUGGAAACUCGCAAGUGGAAACUUUCCAAGAAAGAUUUCUAACGGACUUGUUGAAAUUAGCUGGUCUCUUCCUAGUGGAAGGGAAACAAUUGACAAAUUCAAAGAGCCAGUAGCUGUGGCUAAUCUCCGGGGAGAUGUUUCUGAAUUUGACGUCCAGUUCGCCUUCCUGAGCCAAACAUCCUCUGCUGUUUUUCUAUUCUGUGAUGAUCUGGACUCAAAUCAGACAUUUCUGAAUUCCCUGCAACUCAGAUCGAAAUUGGUUCUGGUUUGCACCACAAAGGAUCAAAAAUCCCAAAGAAAUUUGGAACAAAAUUUGGCAGUGCUGAAGCUCAAAACAGACUCAGUAAUCCUCAAGCAUGAAAAUAUGAAUGAUGAUGAAUUUGUUGAUACGCUGCAGAAAGCUGUUGUUAAAACUCUUGCAGAUUCUUCAAAAAUAAGCAUCGAAAAGAUGUCAAAGAUUGCACCAGAUCUGGGGAUUGAUGUAGAUGAGAAUGAUGCCAUUUGUCAAAAUGCAAAGAUAAAGGCGGACAAAAUAACAAAAGACAUUGGAAACAUACCUGAAUACAAAAUGAGGGAGCUGCCUUUGCAAGGGAAACCGUUAAAAGAGUUGUCCAAAAUGGAGAAAGAGAUGUGUCGACUCAGAAAAGCACAGAAGAAAAGCAUUGAGCAAUACAAGAGUGAACUGAAAAGUCAAAUCCAUAAUCUAAAAAUGGAACAAGGAAGAAACAACAUGAGAGAAGCAGUAGUUCACUUUAUCUCUGGUUUGUGCUGCUCCUCAAAUGAACAGCUGUAUUUUCUCAAAUGGAUGAAAAUGAAUUUGGACAAAUUAACAAGAAAACACAUAUCCAUGCUUGACAAGCAGUAUAGGGAACUAUGUAGAAAUCCAACAGAAGAUAAAGAACAUCUCAGAGAUCUGGAUAAUCAGUUUGCCAACAGCUCUUUAGGAGUCCAACACUUUAUGAGAGAGUUAAGCCAACUAUACGAGUCUGCCCACUUCCAAAAAACCUGGAACCACCUUCACCUUCAAAAAUUGCCAGAAAUCUGUGCUCAGUUGAUGCUGAAUGGGUUUCCUCUGGAACUUAUUGAUGGAGACGCAUCAAAUAUUCCCCUGACGUGGAUUGGAGAUGUCCUUGCGGCACUUAACAAACUCACAUCACCUCACAACAAAAUACGAGUCGUGACCGUCUUAGGAGUUCAGAGCAGUGGGAAGUCGACUCUCCUCAACACAAUGUUUGGAGUUCAGUUUGCUGUGAGCAGUGGCAGAUGCACGAGAGGAGCCUUCAUGCUUCUAAUAGGUGUAUCUGAGGAAUUCAGAUCAGAGCUUAAGUGUGACUACAUCCUUGUAAUCGACACUGAGGGGUUAAAAUCUCUAGAGCUGGCAAAAUUAGACGAUAGUUAUGAGCAUGACAACGAACUUGCAACCCUUGUUGUUGGGCUGAGUGACAUUACUAUCAUCAACAUUGCCAUGGAAAAUGCUACAGAAAUGAAAGACACUUUGCAAAUUGUUGUCCAUGCCUUUCUUCGCAUGAAGGAGGUGGGGAAAAAGCCCUGUUGUCAUUUUGCGCACCAAAACACAGCAGAUGUUGCUGUGCAGGAUAAAAUCUUGAGAGAGCGAAUCAGUUUCUUUCAACAGCUAGACGAUAUGACUAACGCAGCUGCUAAAAUGGAGAAAAAGAGCAACAAUUAUAAAUUUACAGACAUUCUAGAGUAUGACAUCAAUAAAAACAACUGGUACAUACCUGGAUUGUGGCUUGGAACUCCUCCAAUGGCACCUGUUAACACUGGUUACAGUGAGGAGGUGAGUAACUUUAAAGAUGGCAUGCUUAACGUCUUGAGGAAAACUAAAUUCCCAGCACAGGACUUCAUGGAAUUUGCUGAAUGGAUACGCAGUCUCUGGAAGGCUGUUCAAUUCGAAAACUUCAUCUUCAGUUUUCGCAACAGCCUCGUCGCUGAAGCGUACUCCAAACUUUGCGCUGAGUUCAACACUUGGGAAUGGGCCUUCAAGAAGCACAUGAUUGACUGGUACACAAAGUCUGAGACCAAAAUCUCCAACAUGGGUGUAAUGUCCGUGCAGUCAGAAAGUGCAGUUAACCUUGAUAGAGUAUUGGCUGCUUUAAACUGUGAAGCUGAUAAUGAGUUGGAAAAGGAGGAAAAAAAUCUUUUAGAUACAAUUCAGCAAUAUUUCGAAAAUGAGUUGGAACACGCGCAUCUUGUUGAAAAUCACAAAGAGGACUUUUUAAACAGCGCACGGGGACUUCGAAGAGAGGUCGAGAUGGAUAUACGGAUUAAACUGGAGAAUGCUAUUUUGAUACAAAAGGGAAUUGAGAAGGUAGAACAUAUAAAGCAAGAACAGAGGGAUACCAUGAGAGACAAAGUGCUCAGUUUGAUUCAAGUCUGCAGGAGUAGAACAAAUACUCUCUCCGAAAGUGAACUAAAUGAAGAGUUUGAAAAAAUAUGGAACGACAUUCUGAAGGACAAUUAUUUUACAGCUCUACCAAAGCAAGAUGUGGUGAAGGAGACGUACAGACUGCUAUACAACAACUUAGAAAUGAAAAGUGGAGCAGUACGUGAGAUGCUGUCAAAGGUCACCAGUCUAGAUCAGUGUGGCACUGGAAAGUUUUUUGCCAUUAUGAAAAUGAAUAUUUUUCAAAAAAUUAGAGGUUCUCUGCGACCAGCAGAGAGGAGUAAAAAACAUAAGUUGAUGCAAUUGGCAUGCGACAAAAUAAUACAUCAGAGCGAAACAUUUAUUGCAAAUAAGACAGAACCAAAAUCAGACUACAAUAGUGCUGACAUUCAAGAACUGUUGUGCUCCAUUGACAAGAAUUUGGAAAGCUGCAGUGAAUCAGAGAUAAACCCUGAAGUCGAAGCCGCUCUCAAGAUUCACAUCUGCGGGAUCGCAGCAAGAGCUUUCCAGAAAAUGCACGACGACUACAUACAGAGAAAUGACCCUUUGAAAUCCCUUGAAAACUUCAAGGAGGAAUGGUUAGCUGACUUUAAAGACCUCUACUACCAACGAGAUCAGUGUCAGAACAAGGCAGAGACGUGUAUGAAUAAAUGCUUUGGCCCUGCUGUGAUGGAAUACAUCAAGAAACGUCUCGGACCUGACAUUGUGGAUGAAAUGCUGUCAGGAGAAACAGGCCUAGAUUUUGGCACGCGCUCAUUUUUCCAGUUUUCGCUUUUAAAAAAGCUACUUUGGGAGGAUAACUUCAGCAAUAUUCUGGAAUAUGUACAAAACUAUGAAGCAUAUGUAACUGCGUGGAUUUCAGAGAAGAUCGUAGAACAUUUUUCAAAGAAAGGCGCUCUUUCAAAGCUGGAAAUUAAACAUCUGAAUGUGAUCAUCAACAAACUUAAGGAAGCUGUCGACAGCGCACAGAGCAAAGCUGACGUCUGCAGUGGCAUCGGCAGUUUUGUGACCUACGUCUGCAGACGUCUUAAUAAAGAGUUGGUCAUACCAAGUGACACACUCAAAGCGAGCCUGGCUUUGAACAACUCAAACCCCGCAGAGUUUAUUGAUUGCUUUAAAUCAUCGAUAGAAAAAAUGCAUAAACGCUUAGAAGAGCGUCUACGUGAGGAAAAGAACGUAAAACAGAAGCUAACCGGACUUUCGGUGAGCAAUCCUCAACAGGUGCUCUUCAGCAGAGUGUUUGGCUGUGGGAAGAAGUGUCCAUUCUGCAGCGCACCUUGCGAAGCCGGCGGGAAAAAGCACGCCAUGCAUUUUGUCUCUAUCCAUCGGCCUCAAGGCAUUGGUUGCUACAGUUGGGUCCAAACCGAUAAACUAGUUCCUGACAUUUGCUCAUCUCUCGUUGCUAGUGAAAUGACAUUCCGCCAUAAAGAUACAGGAUUUCAGUGGCAUCCAAACAAGGAAUACAGACAGAUCUAUCCUGAUUGGUUGAUACAGCCUGACACUACUAUCGAGGCCACCGAUUUCUGGAAGUACAUCUUCGCAAAGUACAACAAAGCAUUUGCAGAGAAAUACCGUUUAAAACCAGCGGACAUCCCUGCUGACUGGUAUUGGAUCUCUGUACAUCAGGCAAAUAAAUGUUUGGAAGAUACAUUCAAAAUGAGACGUUCAUAAAGCAAUUAAACUGUGCACAUGUAAAAAAGUUAAAACAAAAGCUGGACACUUUCACUAAACAACAGAGGGGUGCUGAGCACAGCUGCAGAAGUACUGAGAAACAACAAGAAACAAACUUUGGACAACAAGUGUUUGCUGAAUGAUAGAAACAAAGAAAUAAGCAAAGGAAUCAUGAAUAGUACUUUUGACAAAUUUGUUAAAACUGUAUAAAUGCAUUUUUGUCUGCUACAGUAAUUGGUAAUACUUUUGUAAGUAAAAAUGUAACAAAUCAAGGUAUAUUCUUUUUUUUUAUUGCUAUGAAACUUUGAAUGAUCUUCUGUAAUGCAGUAAAUGAUGUUUGUGGCA